CUCUUUCUCGAUCCCUCUCUCUCAAAAUUGCUGCUCUCAGUUCCUCUCUCACCCGCCGGCCGCUGCUCUCAAUCCCUCUCUCCCUGCUCUCAAUCUCUCUCCCUCACCUCGCCGUAAAGCCGUUCAAUCUUCCGCCGCAGCCGCACCGCACUCACUCUUUCUCUUCGUCUCGUUUGAGGAUUUGGCUCUCUUCAUACCCUAAGUUUUACAGCAAUGGGAAAGACAAAUACAAGGUCAGAUUCAUCAGAUUCAAAGUCGGACCGCAAGUUUGAGAAAAAGCUACAGUUUUAUACCAAGGUGAAAAAUGUUGUUGCUUCCUUGACUGCACAAAAGUCUAUUUCUAAGAACAAGAGCAAACAUCAAAGGCGGCAGAAAAAAUUGAAAGCAUAUAACCUCUCUUCAUUCUUAGAGACCCUUCCGGAGUUAAAGGAGCCACAGAAACCAAGCAAUGAGGAAAACUUCAAGAUUAAUUGUAAAAAUCGACAGACAUUAGUAUUGAAGGAGGGACAACGAUUGUCUGAGUUUUUUAAGGAUCAUUCCACCCAAGUGGAUCCCUUGGCUGCCAUUUUUCAACACUUACGGAGCACACAACCAGAACCAGUAGUGGAACAACAACCCAAGAAAAGACCAAACAUAAAUGGGUCGAAGAAGAGGAAGAAUAAAGCAAAGGCUAGGUCUGGAAUUCAGUCUAUGGAAAUAUAAUGCCUCUUGUAUGGAUGCUAUAAUGGUCCCCUUUUUUAAAGAUCUCUCUAUAAGUGUACUAUUUCUAGGAAGCAUUACACUACUUAAUUUGUGAAUGAAGACAUCUUAAAUUUAUUAAGCAGAAUACUCAGUGAUUUCCAUGGUAGUUGGUCACUGAUUUUUAUAUCAGUAUUUAUUGGAAAGAUGUGAAUUCCUAA